CGCGGCCGCGGCCCGCCAUCGCCAUGCCGCGGGGGCGGCGGCGGCGGGAAUGCGGAGGCGGCGGGGGGCAGCAGCUGGUGCUGAGCAGGUUCUUCGGAGCGGCGGGGAGCGGCGGGGAGCAGGGUGCCGCCCGGCAGACGGCUUCUGAAUUGGGCACAAAAAGGAGAACAUCAACAGAAAGCAGUGAACCCUGUGAAAAGAAGACCAAGGCACGACAGAUUACUCUAGAAGAUGUCUGUAACCCACUGAAGACUCAGGAUAAAAAAGAACCUCAGAAGAGUGAAAAGCCCCGUAUAUGUUUGCAAACUCUAGACAGAUUGAGAGAAUUCUGCAGUGAUUCAGACCAGCCAUGUAACAGAGUCCGAGAGGAUAGUUUUCGGGAGACAGAAUCUCCGAAUUUGGAAAAAUGUCCCAGUAUUAUUGGGAGAAGUUCACAAUUGAAAAACACUCUUCCGUCUUGGGACGCUAGCCCAAAGGUUGCUCAGAAGGAGGAGUUACGCUGUGAUCUUAGUCAGUUUUCUGCAUCUCUUAAGUCUUAUGAAAAUACUCAAAAUACUUCAGAUACAAAUCUUAAUAAGAGAACCAAAAGCAUUUACACUCCACUAGAACUUCAAUUCAUAGAAAUGAAGAAACAGUAUAAAGAUGCUGUUUUGUGUGUGGAAUGUGGAUACAAAUAUCGCUUCUUUGGAGAAGAUGCAGAGAUUGCAGCUAAAGAACUAAACAUUUAUUGUCAUCAGGAUCAUAACUUUAUGACUGCCAGUAUACCGAGUCACAGAUUGUUUGUCCAUGUGCGGCGACUUGUAGCAAAAGGAUAUAAGGUUGGAGUAAUAAAACAAAUGGAAACUGCAGCACUGAAGGCUGCUGGAGAAAAUAAAAGCUCUCUCUUCAGCCGGAAACUGACUGCUCUCUACACAAAGUCUACGCUUAUUGGAGAAGAUGUGAACCCUCUGCUGAAGCUAGAUGAUUCUGUAGAUGUUGAAGAGGUAACAACAGAUGUCCCUGAUAACUACCUCCUCUGUAUCUGUGAAAAUGGAGAAAACUUAAAAGACAGGAAGAAAGGUGACACUGUUAUAGGCAUUAUGGCAAUCCAACCAACUACUGGAGAAGUAAUUUUUGACAGUUUUCGGGACUGUGCAUCUCGCUUAGAAUUAGAGAGUCGGGUUUUGCGCCUGCAGCCAGUUGAAAUAAUACUUCCAUCUAGCUUGUCAGAUCAAUCUGAAAAGCUCAUCAACAGUAUAACCUCCAUGAGGUUACGGGAUGACAGAAUUAGGAUAGAAAGGAUGGAAAACCUCCAUUUUGAAUACAGCCAUGCUUUCCAGCUGAUUACUGAUUUUUAUGCAAAAGAAGUGCCUGAUACUACAGGUCCUCAAAAACUAUCUGUAAUACUAAGCUUAGAUAAGCCUGUUAUUUGCUCUCUGGCAGCAGUAAUUGUAUACCUCAAAGAAUUUAAUUUGGAGAGGAUGCUUUACAAUCCAAGCAAUUUCAAACGGUUGUCAAGUGAAACUGAAUACAUGACAAUUAAUGGGACAACAAUGAAAAAUCUCGAAAUUUUACAGAAUCAGACUGAUAUGAAAACAAAAGGAAGCCUACUGUGGGUCUUGGAUCAUACUAAAACUUCCUUUGGACGUCGAAAAUUGAAGAAAUGGGUAACCCAGCCCCUCAUGAAAUCCAGUGAAAUAAAUGCCCGGCUUGAUGCUGUGUCUGAAAUUCUACUGUCAGAAUCCAGUGUGUUUGGUCAGAUUCGAAAUCUUCUUUGCAAGCUGCCAGAUAUAGAGAGAGGCCUCUGCAGUGUUUUUCACAAAAAGUGCUCAACGCAAGAGUUCUUCUUGAUAGUCAGCACCCUGUCUCGUCUGGACUUGGAAAUUCAAGCUCUUGUUCCAGUCAUACAUUCUCAUGUGAAAACUCCUCUAUUACAAAAUGCACUAUUGGAAAUCCCAGAACUUCUCUCCCCAGUAAAACAUUAUUUAAAGAUCCUUAAUGAAGAAGCAGCCAAGACUGGAGAUAAAACCCAAUUGUUCAAGGACCUUACAGACUUCCCUGUCAUCAGAAAGAGAAAGGAGGAGAUCCUGGAUGUGCUUUCUAAAAUCCAAUUGCAUCUCCUGGACAUUCGUAAACAGAUUAAGAAUCCUUCUGCAGAGUAUGUUACAGUUUCUGGUCAAGAGUUCAUGAUAGAAGUCAAGAAUUCCCAUAAAUCAUCUGUGCCAUCUGACUGGGUUAUGGUUAGUAGCACAAAAGCUGUCAGCCGUUUCCACUCUCCUUUUGUUAUAGAAAAUUACAGACAUCUGAACCAGCUCCGGGAGCAGCUAGUCCUUGACUGCAGUGCUGAAUGGCUAAAUUUUUUAGACCAUUUUAGUGAACAUUAUCACCCUGUGUCUAAAGCGAUUGGUCACCUAGCAACUGUCGACUGUCUGUUCUCAUUGGCUCAGGUGGCUAAACAAGGAGACUACUGCAGACCAACUGUGCAAGAUAAUCGGCAAGAAAUAAUUAUAAAAAAUGGGAGGCACCCUGUGAUUGAUGUGCUACUGGGAGAACAGGAUCAGUAUGUUCCAAAUACCACUAACCUUUCAGGAGAUGGUGAAAGGGUCAUGAUAAUAACUGGACCCAACAUGGGAGGAAAGAGUUCCUAUAUAAAGCAAGUUGCAUUGAUCACAGUCAUGGCACAGAUUGGUUCUUACGUACCUGCAGAGGAGUCAACAAUUGGUGUUGUGGAUGGUAUUUUUACCAGAAUGGGCGCGGCAGACAACAUUUACAAAGGCCGGAGUACCUUUAUGGAAGAACUGACAGAUACUGCUGAGAUAAUAAGAAAAGCAACUUCAAGAUCACUAGUAAUUUUGGAUGAAUUGGGAAGAGGAACUAGCACGCACGAUGGAAUAGCUAUUGCUUAUGCUACACUUGAACAUUUUAUUAGAGAUGUGGAGUCAUUGACACUGUUUGUCACUCACUAUCCCUCAGUUUGUGAGCUAGAGAAGAUGUAUCCAGAAAAAGUUGGUAACUACCACAUGGCUUUCUUAGUGAAUGAGGAGGAAAGUACUGAACAAAAAGGAUCUGAAGAUGAAGAGAAUCCUGAAUUUAUCACUUUUCUUUAUCAAAUAACUAAAGGAGUUUCUGCAAGAAGUUAUGGGCUAAAUGUUGCCAAACUGGCAGAUAUUCCUGAAGAAAUCUUGAAGAAGGCAGCUCACAAAUCAAAGGAGUUGGAGAGAAUAGUGAAUAUGAAAAGAAAAAAGCUAAAGUCGUUUGCUGAAGUAUGGAAGAUAAAUGACUCUCAGGAACUACAAAAAUGGAAAAGUAUGUGUGAACAUGAAGAUGAAAGAAAGGACAGUUUUUAAUCCUCAAAUCAUGCUUAAAAAUGGAAAAUAUUGCAGAUACAAAAUAUAGGUCUGGAGACUAAUAGAUUCUAUCAGGGUGUAGGUCUAGGUGCAUUACAUUGACUUUUCUGCCUUUUGAGAGGUAAGAGAUGCUGCGUUGUGAUAUGAUGCCCCACAUCCAAUUCCUGAUUGUAUGUAAUUUUCUCACUCCACGUUGCUUCCCUGAAGUGUUUUCCACCCUUUUCCUUAAUUGCAAAAUGUCUACUGGCAUUGGAUUUAGUUUCUAAUAUGUUUAGAAAACAUGCAAAAGUAUGUUGGUAACUUACUAGGUAAAUCUUUUAUAAAUAAAAUAAUGUCUUUUAACUUUAUUGUA